UAUAAGUAUCACCUUCAGCUAAGACUUCGUUUACAAGAAUUAUAUAUCCAUAGCUUAGAUACUGUAUCACAUAACUUCGUCGUCUUCUUCUUCUUCUCUCUUCUUCUUGUUAUUGUUUGAUAUUUGAUCCUAAUGGGAGAUAACCAGUUUAAGCUCCCUCCUGGUUUUCGAUUUGACCCGACGGACGAAGAACUUGUAGUCCAUUUCCUUCAACGUAAGGCGACUCUCUUACCUUUCCAUCCCGAUGUCAUUCCCGAUCUCCAUCUCUACCCAUAUGAUCCGUGGGAACUAAAUGGUAAGGCUUUGAGCGAGGGCAAGCAGUGGUAUUUCUACAGCAGGAGGGCACAGAAUCGGGUCACGAGUAAUGGGUACUGGAAAACAUUAGGCAUUGAAGAACCUAUCUUUUCAAGCUCAUCUUCUAAUUCAACUAGCAAAGUUGGGAUGAAAAGAUAUUUGACGUUUUAUGUUGGAGAAGCUCCAAAUUCAGGCAUCAAAACUAAUUGGAUAAUGCAUGAGUAUCGUCUAUCUUCGUCAGCCUCAGAUUGUGCUUCUUCUUCCACCACCACCAGAUCUUCCAAAAGAAGAGGGCAACCCAAAACAGAAUACAGUGGAUAUGUUCUAUGUCGAGUCUACGAGCGUGAUGAAGAGGAGGAUGAUGAUGAUGAUGGGACAGAGCUUUCAUGCUUGGACGAAGUGUUCUUAUCUUUGGACGAUCUUGAUGAAAUAAGUUUGCCAAAUUAAUCAUAAUUAGAGUAAUUAAGAGAACUCAUCAAGAGAGAAACUAGAGAAGAGAGAGGGACCUAACUAGUGCUCCAUUAUUACUGAUGAGCUUUAUCCAAUUGUAUAAUUUCAUUACUUCAAGUUGUAGCUAGAUUAACGUUGUAAACAAUCUCCAUAAGUUACACUCCGAGUGGGUAGACUUAUAUGUCGCGUUGCAAACUGAAGCAAAAAAAUUGUACGGAAGUUUAGAGUUUCGCCCCCUCACUGUUCAAUACAUUGAAUUUACCUUCA